AUGAGAUUUUACUUGAUUUUCUUCUUCUUCUUUGUUGCAACAAAUGGAUUAUCAGCUGCCUCGUUGAAAGAGAAAUUUGAGCGAUUCUUGGAGAAAAACAAUGUCACACUCACUGAUGCCGCUGAUUUUCUGAAGAAGCUGAAAAAUUACGUGAAUCGGAGUGGUCAAUUGGACAAAUUGAGGGAAAAACUGAAAGCAAGGGGUGCAAAGUAUACACUGGAUGAGACGAGGUUUAUGGAUUGGAGUGACGAGGAUUUGAGAAAGAUCGUGAUCAACGAAGUGUUUGUGUUUGAUGUGCCUCCAACUACUGAAGAACCUUCAGUCAUCCCGAAAUUACGUUGGUUUCCAUCUGGGAGAAGAAAAAGAUCUAGUUCGGGAAGUUUCGAUUGGAGAACCAGCGGUCUAGUGGGUCCGGUGAAAGAUCAAGGAGCAUGUGGAUCGUGUUGGGCAUUUGGAGCUAUUGGAGCGAUCGAAGUUCAAUGGAAGAAACAUUACAAUACGGGAACAUUCUCGGAGCAGCAAAUUGUCGACUGUGACAAGAGCAAUAACGCUUGCAAUGGAGGCAGCUUUGUGACCGCUUUUGAUUACAUCAUCAAGAAUGGUUUGGCAGUGAGUGCGGAUUAUCCCUAUGUAUCUGGUCAAACAAAAAGUGGAGGUGGUUGCCAAGUUCCACCAAAGUCAACCACGGUGACAAUCGAUCGCUACAAAUGGCUGCAAUCAAUCGAUCAAAUGGAGUAUUAUUUGGAGACAGUUGGGCCGUUUGUUAUCAAGAUCUAUGUACCAAUGGAUCUUUUCUACUACAGCUCAGGGAUCUUUGUGCCAGACAAUUCGACUUGUUCUCCAUCAAACAAUCAAGGCGGACACAUUUUGACAGUUGUUGGCUACGGUUCUGAAAACGGCCAAGCUUUCUGGAUUGUGCGCAAUUCGUGGGGUGAUCGAUGGGGAGAGGGUGGAUAUAUUCGGUUUGCGAAAGGCGAAAAUCAUUGUGUGAUCGAGGCUUACCCAUACAUUCCGGCAAUCAAAGGUGUUUUGAUGCCGACUGAUUGGAAUUCU